GAUUACCGUACUCGUCAAGCAUAAAUAGUAUUUUAGAAUUUCUCUCGAUGCAAUAACAGACACCACAUCAUUCACUCCUAAUCUACAUCUUAAUAAUGCUGCGAAAAAUUGGGCUUUUCAAGCCUUCAGGGAUUCUUUCACGAAUUAACGUUACACCAAUUCGACGUCCGUUGAAUGCAAGAAGUUUUCGAUCUAGAGUUCUUACAAACUACAAUCAUGAUGCUUCACAAGAGAUUAAUAUUGAGCCGCCUCCGCCUCCCCAACCAAACCCUCCAGUUAAAUCCAAUGUGGCUGCAAUGACUAUAUUUACCGUAGUCGCCGUCACUACCAUAUACACCACCUCGGCCAUCUACGAGAAUCUGAAUCUCCAAAAAGAGACUCCCAGAAUCAUGGAUAUGUUUACCCGCAACGAAGAAAACACAUACGACGUAAGACGCAAAAUGCACGAGAUGAAUUACCCUCCUGGGAUACUAUAUGCACCGACCCCAUGGCCACCCAUCCGCCAACUCUCCCAUCUUCAGGGCCGAGAAAAAUUCUGGAAUCGAUUGAUGCCAUCGGAAAAAUUCACAUACACCAUCAUGGCGACGAAUCUAGGAAUCCAUGCGCUGGGUAGUCUGGCUCCAGGAUUAUGGUUCAACAUCUUCAUGCAUACACCUAGCAUGAAUAGAAAUUUCACACUGCUCACUUGUGUAUUCGGUCAUGGGGGACUGGCCCAUUUGGGUAUGAAUAUGUAUGGAUUCCAUUCUUUCAUGCCGGCUCUGGGACAAGAUCCCGCUUUCAAAUCGAGUAUUCCCCACAUGACGGCUUUCUAUCUCUCAAGCGGUGUGAUGGGUAGCUGGGCACAAGCUCUUAGUGCAGGAUUGAGACCGAAUGUUGCGCCGGUACCGUUUCUGGGAGCGAGUGGUGCGAUAUUCGCGUUGAUUGGUGCGUUUGCGAUGCAACACCCAGAAGCCCAGUUUCAGAUUCUGUUUAUUCCGUAUCCGUUUGCGGCGCAGGAGUUGUUGGGUGCGGCGAUGUUGUUUGAUUUAAUGGGUGUUUGUGGUGCUUAUAAAACUCUCAGAUUGGGACACGCGGCGCAUUUGAGUGGUGCCUUGAUGGGUUUGGGAUACGUGUAUUUUGAUUGCGAGAGGAAUGUUUGGAGACCACUUUGUAGAGGUGUUUAUAAAUGGUUUGGAAUGAGAAAGUGGGAGAAGAAGAUUGAGCGGUAUGUUUAGAUGAGGACAGAGUAGCCUUAUAUGGCUCCUGUGACCAGAGGCGAUAAAGAAGAAUCACGUGUGGAGAUGAGAGACUCUCCGCUCAGGACUGGCCAUUACUUGCGUCGGCGUUUAGGUAUUGAUGUUCCCCCAUAUAGUUAAUCAAUGGUAUAUUAGUGGACAAAGCAUGGCUCCCAGCAUCUGAAAGAUUUCCAGAAAGUUGUCGGAAAUGAGUUUGCAUAUGGUAGUGCAGGUAAUUCAAAUUGAGUAAA